CCUGGGGUAGCGGCGGCGCCGGCAGCUGGAACUGGGAGACCUGGCCGGUCAGGACCGGGAGCGGCGACACCAUGAGCGGAACCUUAGCCAAAAUCGCCGAGAUCGAAGCCGAGAUGGCUCGGACUCAGAAGAACAAGGCCACGGCGCACCACCUGGGGUUGCUCAAGGCCCGGCUCGCCAAGCUGCGCCGAGAACUCAUCACCCCCAAAGGCGGUGGCGGCGGGGGACCCGGAGAAGGUUUUGAUGUGGCCAAGACUGGUGAUGCCCGCAUUGGAUUUGUGGGGUUCCCGUCAGUGGGGAAGUCCACGCUGCUCAGUAACCUGGCUGGGGUGUACUCUGAGGUGGCUGCCUAUGAGUUCACCACCCUUACCACCGUGCCAGGAGUCAUCAGGUACAAAGGAGCCAAGAUCCAGCUCCUAGAUCUCCCAGGGAUCAUCGAAGGUGCCAAAGAUGGGAAGGGCAGAGGCCGGCAAGUCAUUGCAGUGGCACGGACCUGUAACUUAAUUCUGAUUGUUCUGGAUGUGCUGAAGCCGCUGGGCCACAAGAAGAUCAUUGAGAAUGAGCUCGAGGGCUUUGGAAUCCGCUUAAACAGCAAGCCCCCCAACAUUGGCUUUAAGAAGAAGGACAAAGGAGGCAUCAACCUCACGGCCACGUGCCCUCAGAGUGAGCUCGACGCUGACACCGUGAAGAGUAUCCUGGCAGAAUACAAAAUCCACAAUGCUGAUGUGACCCUGCGCAGCGAUGCCACGGCCGACGACCUCAUUGAUGUGGUGGAAGGCAACAGAGUUUACAUCCCCUGUAUCUACGUGCUGAACAAGAUCGACCAGAUCUCCAUCGAGGAGCUGGACAUCAUCUAUAAGGUGCCGCACUGUGUGCCCAUCUCUGCUCACCACCGGUGGAAUUUUGAUGACCUCCUCGAGAGAAUCUGGGACUACCUGCGCCUAGUGAGGAUCUACACCAAGCCCAAGGGACAGCUGCCGGACUACACCUCCCCCGUGGUGCUGCCUGACUCCCGGACCACAGUGGAGGAUUUCUGUAUGAAGAUCCAUAAAAACCUCAUCAAAGAAUUCAAGUACGCGCUGGUCUGGGGCCUGUCUGUGAAGCACAACCCUCAGAAGGUGGGGAAAGACCACACGUUGGAAGAUGAGGAUGUCAUUCAGAUUGUCAAGAAGUGAAGCGACCUCUGGUGCUGUUGCUGCCACCUCCACCGCCGCUGCCACCAAGGAGAAGGCCUGAACCCUGUGCCCUCAGGGCCAUCCCGGGCUCAGGAGCAGAGCGCAAGAGGGCACUUACUGAGCUUCCCUUCCUUAGCGCUGUCAUUCACUUCUGGGGAACCACAUAAAGAGUCCAGCUGGCUGGUGGCUCCCA